AUGGCGUCAUCUCCUUCUCCCGCUUCCGCCGCAGUCGUUGCCGAGGGCUCGGCGGCCCGCCGAUUCUGGAUCGCUGCCUCCACGAGGGAGGCCGCCUUCGCCGCAUACACGCCCUUCAUCCUCUCCCUCGCCGCCGGCAACCUGCGGCUCGACGUCUUCCGCCACUACAUCGCGCAGGACGCGCACUUCCUUCACGCCUUCGCUCGCGCGUACGAAAUGGCCGAGGACUGCGCUGACGAUGAUGACGACAGGGCCACCAUCGCCGCCCUCAGGAAGGCCAUCCUCCAAGAGCUCAACCUCCACGCCUCCGUCCUGAAGGAGUGGGGAGUUGAUCCUACCAAAGAGAUACCUCCAAGCGCAGCUACAACCAAGUACACUGAUUUCCUACUUGCAACUGCGGCUGGAAAAGUUGAUGGCACAAAAGGUUCUGACAAAAUGGUUACUCCAUUUGAGAAGACUAAAAUUGCUGCAUACACUGUUGGGGCCAUGACUCCAUGCAUGAGGCUUUAUGCAUAUCUAGGCAAAGAACUCAUGGCUUUCCUUAAACAAGAUGAAAAUCACCCAUACAAGAAAUGGAUUAACACAUAUGCAUCCAGUGAUUUUGAGGACAACGCACUCCAAAUAGAAGAACUGCUAGACAAACUAAGUGUCUCAUUAACUGGUGAGGAGCUUGAGAUUAUUGGCAAGCUCUACCAGCAAGCUAUGAAACUGGAAGUGGAGUUCUUUUCUGCUCAGCUUGUGGACCAACCUGUUGUAGCUCCACUUUCAAGAUAUUGUGAUCCAAAAUAUAAACUCUUGAUCUUUUCUGAUUUUGAUUUGACAUGCACUGUUGUUGAUUCAUCUGCUAUUUUGGCGGAGAUUGCAAUUUUGUCAUUCCAAAAGGCAAGUCAAUGUGGGAUUGAUAAUAACCUCGACCGUACAAAAUCGGGAGACCUGAGAAAUUCAUGGAACAUGCUCUCUAAGCAAUACAUGGAAGAGUAUGAGGAAUGCAUGGAAAGACUGCUUCCUCCAGAAGAAUCAAAGUCACUAGAUUAUGAUAAACUGUAUAAAGGCCUGGAGGUGCUAGCUGACUUUGAGAAGCUUGCAAAUUCUAGGGUUGUUGACUCUGGUGUCCUGAGGGGAAUGAAUUUAGAAGACAUCAGGAAAGCUGGGGAGCGGCUUAUUCUUCAAGGUGGCUGUAAAAAUUUCUUUCAGAAGAUUGUAAAAACAAGGGAGAACCUCAAUUUGGAUAUCCACAUUCUUUCCUAUUGCUGGUGUGCAGAACUUAUAAGAUCCGCCUUCUCAUCAGCCGGUUGUCUAGAUGGUUUGAACAUACACUCGAACGAGUUUGCCUUUGAGGAAUCUGUUUCAACUGGUGAGAUUGACAGAAAGAUGCAGUCUCCGCUAGACAAAGUUGAGAAGUUCAAGAGCAUCAGAAGUGACGUUGACAGUACAGUGUCCUUCCUGUCUGUUUAUAUUGGAGACUCAGUUGGAGAUUUGCUCUGCUUAUUGGAGGCAGAUAUUGGUAUCGUCAUUGGGUCAAGCACAAUCUUGCGUAGAGUGGGCAAACAGUUUGGUGUUUCUUUUGUCCCAUUGUUCCCUGGUCUAGUAGAGAAGCAGAGGCAACUGACGGAGGAAGAUGUGUCCGUGUUCAAGGCACGGUCUGGAGUCCUUUAUACGGUUUCUAGCUGGUCAGAAAUACACGCCUUCAUACUGGGAAGUGAUUUCAGCUGA